AUGACCAAUUGGCAAUAUUCUAUAAUGAUCAAUCUGUCCUUGAAAAUCACCAUCUAGCUGUUGCGUUCAAGAUUCUUCAAGAUGACCCAGAUUCUGAUAUACUGCUUGGGUUGACCAAGAAGCAGCGACUAAGUUUCCGUAAAAUUGUUAUUGAUCUGGUACUUGCUACCGAUAUGUCAAAACACAUGUCAAUGUUGGCUGAUUUAAAGACAACUGUUGAGAGUCAUCGAGCUUCGGGUUUGAAUGUGCUUAAUCUAAGCACUUAUACGACAAGAAUUCAAAUCCUGCAGAACCUGGUACAUGCAGCCGAUUUGAGCAAUCCAGCUAAACCACUGAACCUUUACAAACAAUGGGUGUCACUUAUAGCGGAAGAGUUCUUUCGCCAGGGAGAUCGAGAGAGAGAACUUGGGAUAGAAAUUAGUCCAAUGUGUGAUCGUACAGUCUCUUGCAUUCCAUCUUCUCAGGUUUGGUAUCAAGAAUAUUAG